UACGCUGAGGCAAAACUUUCCCAUCUGACUUUUAUUUGGAUUUAAUUCAUUCUACAACAACAUCGUAUUUUAUGGUGGAACAAGAAUUUCUCAAUAUUUAAAAGAAAUUCAAUUUUAAAUACUUACUUUAAAUACUUUAAAACAGCAUAACUCUCCACACUUAAUAAACUUUACAUACAUACUUUUCAUCGACAACAAACGAGUAAAUAUAUAGAAAGGGAACAUUUUAUUUUAAAUUGAUGAGAGAGUAUACAUAGAUAAACCGAACAAAGAAGAAUUUCUGUACCCCUCCUCUGCAAACAACAUUAACUCUAAAGGAAAAUUGAAGUCCCCGAUUUCGCCACAAAGUACUUAAUUUCUGACGAGAAGAGACUGACAUUGGACGUGAUGCCCGACGAUUCGCUUAAUCUUUUCGAAAUAGGCAACAUGUUCCAUGGGGACGAAUUGGACGCCUUACGCCCCUACUUGGACCGCUUGCUCUCUCCGAUCGAAAACGCUUCACCAUCCACAAGCCAAGACGACCAGGCAAAAAAUUAUAACGGACAAAUUGCCACAAUUUCCAGCGGGGCAAUAUUGAAUGCGGCCGCAAAAGCGACACUGACCACUGUAGGAUUUAAAAGCACUGGAAUCGCGGCAACGUCGAUUGCUUCAGGGUGGCAGUCCUGGGUUGGAGUGGGAUCGGUAUUUUCAUACCUCCAGUCAGCAGGGACUCUCGGAUGGUUCAGUUUGGGGCCAGGUAGCCUUGUAGGAGGAGUUCUGGGAGUUGUUGGGGUCGGGAAUUGGUGGUGGAACAGAAAUAAUGACAAGGAACCAGCACCUAAAGAUAAUUAAAAUCAUAAUUGUAAAUUUUAAAAGUUACUUGGAGUAAUUCAAGAAUGAUCCUCUGGAGACGUUUUGUAAAUACUUAAUAUGUAUCAGCUUGAAAGAAAAUGUUUGAAAGACGCAGUUUUCAUGGUCUAAAGUUAAAAAAAUCACUGUUGAGCUGAUGUAAUAAAGGAGAAGCUACGUAUUUAAUAUCAA